CAUAUCAGCUAAUUAACUCAUAGACACCCUGCGGAAGAUUUUUUGAUGGUGAUAACAAAACAAUAAGAGGUAUCAGAAAAUUAAAAGACAAAAAAAAAUCGUGUGGAUUCCAAGAACGAUGGCCGCCUGGCUGUUGGAGCUCCGGACGAUGUCUUCCCCAGUCCUCGCAGGGCAUACGUUUCCAGGAAUCAGGCAACAGCACUACAAGUUCAAGAGUAGUUGUGCGUUCAAAUUACAAAACAAUUUAACAACUGUAGGAAGAAGAUUCUAUCACUGUAUGAAUUCAAAUGUGAGAUGCUCUGCGGAAGAUGUUGGGGUUUCUAUUUCUUAUUCUGGUGGCCUUGAAAAGGAUUCAAACUUGGCUUCUUCUAAUAUUUCACUUUAUGAUGCUCGAGUCCUUUAUUGUGUAGCUCCAGCCAUGGGCCAUAAUAAGGAAUCACACCCAGAGUCCAACAAAAGGGUGCCUGCAAUCAUUGAUGCUCUUGAAAGGCUGGAGCUCACACCAAAAUACCGUAACUCAGAGGUGUUUGAAGCUCAAAAUUUCAAGCCUGCAUCCCUUGAUGAUAUUGCAACUGUUCAUGCAAGAGCUUAUGUAGCUGGGCUUGAGAAGGCUGUGUCUAGGGCUUCAGAUGAAGGUGUUAUUUUCAUCGAUGGAUCUGGACCAACAUAUGCUACUGAAACUACUUUUCAAGAGUCCCUCAUGGCAGCUGGUGCAGGAAUUACCUUGGUUGAUUCAGUGGUUGCAGCAUCAAGAUUGAGACCAGAUCCACCUGUAGGAUUUGCCUUAAUAAGGCCACCAGGUCAUCAUGCAAUUCCUGAAGGUCCUAUGGGUUUUUGUGUCUUUGGAAACAUUGCAGUUGCUGCUCGAUAUGCUCAACGCGCACAUGGAUUAAAGCGGGUUCUUAUCAUUGAUUUUGAUGUUCACCAUGGUAAUGGAACAUGUGAUGCAUUUUAUGAUGACCCAGAUAUAUUCUUCAUCUCGACUCAUCAGAAUGGAAGCUAUCCUGGGACGGGUAAGAUCGAACAGGUUGGUCAAGGAAGUGGUGAAGGAACAACUCUGAACCUGCCUCUACCAGGAGGUUCAGGUGACAAUUCUAUGAGAUCUGUAUUUGAUGAGGUCAUUGUGCCAUGUGCUCAAAGGUUUAAGCCUGAGAUCAUUCUUGUUUCAGCUGGUUAUGAUGCUCAUGCACUGGACCCACUGGCUGGUCUGCAAUUCACAACAGGCACAUACUACAUGCUUGCAUCAAAUAUCAAACAACUUGCAAAGGAGUUAUGCGGGGGGCGCUGUGUGUUCUUCUUGGAAGGUGGAUACAAUCUGAAGUCCCUCUCAAAUUCCGUUGUUGACACCUUUCGUGCAUUCCUUGGGGAGCCAACCUUGGCUUCUCAAUUUGAUGAUCCAGCAAUGUUGUAUGAAGAACCAUUGUCUAAAGUAAAGCAGGCCAUUCAGAAGGUCAAACACAUACACUCCCUGUAGACUCAACAGGAGUAUUACUCUUUGUACUCAUGUGGACCUUGUUGUUUGGCUCAACUUCCAUAUUCAUCACCAGUUCUGCAUGAGCAUUUAUGUACAUAUACUGCACACUAGUUACUUGAAAAGAGGUGUGAUUAAUUAUCAGUUUAUCACUUACCUUUCA